UAAAGCGAGCUGACGAGGGAGCUUGUCUACUUCUAUAUAUAGAAUAGUUACUAGAUGUUACAUAUUGAGUGGAACACAAGGAGGAAACGGACAUACACAACUACCACACCAUCAAUAACUCAGACAUGAUGACCGACUCUGAGGUCCAGGGAUUUGUGGCUUUAGACUACGUAGUCUUUGUCUCGAUCCUACUCAUAUCCAUAGGAAUCGGCGUUUACCAGGCAUGCUGCAAACCGAAACAGGACACCAUCAAGCAAUAUAUACUGGCGGACAGGAAGUUGAACAUCCUACCAGUGGCAAUGUCGAUGACAGUCUCCUUUCAGUCAUCUAUCAUGCUGCUCGGCAACCCAGCAGAGAUGUAUGUGUAUGGUGUUCCCUUCAUGUGGCAGGCCAUUGGACUGGUACUCUCCAAUCUGUUCGCCCUGUGUUCCAUCAUUCCACUCAUCCAUCCCCUCAAAAUCACCAGUGUGUACGAGUAUUUUCAGCUCCGCUUCCAAAGUAAAGCACCUCGGAUAGUCGCUACGAGCUUGGGAAUUGUAUUUAAUGUCGUUUAUAUGGGGAUUGUUCUGUUUGGGCCCGGAAUAGUAUCGAGGCAGUUACAGAUUUCCCUAUGUGGGCCUCCGUCUUGGCAGUAGCUCUGACCGCCAUUAUUGGCACGGCAACGGGAGGUAUGAAGGCGGUUGUGUGGAGUAGCGUGUUCCAGUUCGUGGUUGUCUUUGUUGGAAUAUUCAGUAUCAUUAUACAGAGUACGAUAAAGGUCGGCAGUGUGCAGUCAGUGUUUGAUAUAGCGAACGAAGGGAUGCGACUCCGGUAUCCAUUCACGAGCCCCAAUCCGACAGUGAGACACUCCUACUGGACUCUGAUCAUAGGCUCGUCUAUAUCUCUGGCCUACCUCCUACCUACCCAGACAACCACUCAGAGGAUCUGCUCAGUGCCAACCCGAAGGGAUGCACGGAAAGUGGUAAUGGUAUCUGCGGUAACCACAGUUAUCAACUUCUUGCUCUCCUGCAGUGUGGGGAUUUUCGCCUAUGCUUUCUUCCAUAAAAGUAGGUGUGAUCCCUUGGAGUCAAAAGCUAUCGACAAUCCGAACCAGAUUCUACCCUACCUGGUGGUGGUGCUGUUCCGUGACAUACCGGGGAUGGCGGGAAUAUUCAUCGCCGCUGUCUUUAGUGCUUCGCUUAGUGCCAUUACAUCGUUACUGAGCAGUCUAUCGGCCCUGACAGUGGUGGACAUUGUUCGACCCCUCGUCAAGGACAUUUCAGAGGCCAAAAUAACUCUCAUAGCUAAACUAUGCGUACCAGCGUACGGAGUGGUGGGAAUAUGUGUUUCCUUCAUGAUUGCAGAAAUAGAAGGGCCCUUGUCAGAGAUCGUAUACAGCAUGUUGUCCAGUUUCGGCGGAGCAUCUGCCGGGAUGUUCUUCUUUGCGGCCUACUGUCCCUGGGCUAACAGUAAGGGAGUUACUACAGGAGGAUUGACGGGUAUGGGACUUGUGAUGUGGAUAGCUCUCGGACAGAGUUUUUCCCCGACACGCAUCAGAGCACAGACAUUACCCCCAGUCUCCACAGACCAGUGCUGGGGUUAUAAUCGGAGUCUGUUUGUGGGGAACAUCACAACACUGCCACCACAAGACCUAACUUCGGCCGUCUCCAUAGGAGAUCUAGAACAGAACGAGGGUAUUGACGUUCUGUACUCCAUAUCAUACUACUGGCUGAUCCCCUUAUGUAUGCUGACGACAAUUGUUGUGGGGUCAUUGGUGUCUGUCCUGACUGGACGACCGGACCCUGCCGAUAUUGACGUCCGCUACAUUUUACCUUUCUUUGAUCACUGUUGUCCAUGUCUUCCUCGGGCAGCACGGAAACGUCUGUAUGGUGGAGUUCGAUUUGAGGAGAGAAAAACUUGGCUGACGAAUCUUGAUUUAAAUGAUGUUGAUAAUGAAGGAACUGCCGCUAACGGAAAAAUUAGGUCAUCAGAGGAACAAUUCCAGGGUAAGAUGGAUAAUCCCUCAACAGAGGAACACCGUGAGGACGAUACAGGCCAUAUCCACACAGUGGAACAACAACUCGGUACCGAUAUAUUAAUUCUACCUAGACAGGAACAAAUCGGUGAUCAUUUAUCUUCACAAGUGAUAAACCGGGAACAUACCAAUGGUCACAUACUUCAAAACGAAAAAAGGAACCAACCACGUGGUCAAGACACUGACUCUACAAUGGGGCAACUCAAUGACAAUACCUAUUCAACUUACCUUUAGUGAAGUUUUGCUGAGUCUCCCAGUUACCCAAGAGGGACAAACGCAAUGAAUAUUCUUACUGAACUAGCAUCUAGUAAAACGGGGAGCAGGGAACACGUGCACAGUCCUACAUGUAUGUUAAGCAAUUCAAUUUUAGAAUGAAGUAAGAUAUUUAGAAAUAUGUCAUGGCUACUCAUUGAUUACCAAAGUUCCCAGUAGGCGAAGAUGAACAUAUCCAAGAAAUCAACAUAACUUUCUAUUAGUUAUAGCUAUAACCAUAAAAAUAACACUGAAAUGUAAAAUAUUGUUCCGUAUACACUGCAGUAUCCAGUGAUAUAUAUUGGGCUGUACGUGCAUCUGUUUGGUUCCCUUACUACAUUCGUUUAUUCUCAAUGAGUUUUGGAUGAGUUACCUGCCCUUUGUAGUGUCGGCAGCAUUGCACACUGACAUGUAAAGAUGAUAUUUCAUAACGCAAAUUUGGGUCCAAGUUGAUCACAAAAUUGUAUUGUGCAGUAAAACAUUCGUAUCGGUACAUAUUGAGGCACGACAGUACUCCCGCCCCUCCAGUUCAAAAUGUCUCCCUUAAUGGCACAUUCUGAUCAAAGUGUAUAUCUAGUACCUCUUUGUAAUCAGUAAUAUGGCUAGUUAAAUAUGUAAACUAAUGCAUAAACGGACAGUUCAUCACUUAAACCUGUUUCUAACUUACACGUAAAACCGUGUUGUGGUCAGGAUCACAGACACUUACGAUUUUCAUCUGAAAGUGUCUUUAUAGCACCUGAUUGUGAUUAUAAGAUGGAAGUUCUGAAUAGUGUUAUAUCACAUUGAUUGCACUUAACUAAGCGUUAGAAAUAUCAUCCCUUGUGUACAACGUGUUUUAUCCCUGUAUAUGCUUGCAAGGCUCGUGUAACCUGUUUGUCACUGUGUUUGGUUUGACUGGUAUUUUAGAUUAUAAUGGCAUUUAUCCGUGUAACAGGUUCUUUGUGUGAUGAUGGAUUAUUACACGUGUAACGUGUACAAUUGUACAGGUUCUUUGUGUGAGGAUAGGUUAUUACACGUGUAACGUGUACAAUUGUACAGGUUCUUUGUGUGAGGAUAGGUUAUUACACGUGUAACGUGUACCAUUGUACAGGUUGUUUGUGUGAUGAUGGAUUAUUACACGUGUAACGUGUACAAUUGUACAGGUUCUUUGUGUGAGGAUAGGUUAUUACACGUGUAACGUGUACAAUUGUACAGGUGUUUUGUGUGAGCAUAGGUUAUUACACGUGUAACGUGUACAAUUGUACAGGUUGUUUGUGUGAUGAUGGGUUAUUUCCCGUGUACCUUGUACAAUUGUACAGGUUCUUUGUGUGAUGAUGGAUUAUUACACGUGUAACGUGUACAAUUGUACAGGUUCUUUGUGUGAGGAUAGGUUAUUACACGUGUAACGUGUACAAUUGUACAGGUUGUUUGUGUGAUGAUGGAUUAUUACACGUGUAACGUGUACAAUUGUACAGGUUCUUUGUGUGAGGAUAGGUUAUUACACGUGUAACGUGUACAAUUGUACAGGUUUUUUUGUGUGAUGAUGGGUUAUUUCCCGUGUAACUUGUACAAUUGUACAGGUUCUUUGUGUGAGGAUAUGUAUUACACGUGUAACGUGUACAAUUGUAAAGGUUCUUUGUGUGAGGAUAGGUAUUACACGUGUAACGUGUACAAUUGUACAGGUUCUUUGCGUGAUGAUGGGUUAUUACCUCUUCAAAGGGCGAAAAUUGGUAAACUGUAAUACAUAUUCUGUUGCUGCGGAAAUUAUUAGGUGAAAAAGUCACCUACUAUAUCAUAUUUGUGGAGGACAGAAUUGAAAUCAGUUCAUGGCUAGUGGCUUAUUGCAUAUCAAUGAAAAAUAAUCAGCUUCAUAUAGAUAAUGUAGUGAUAAACAAUCCUGACCAGUUCAUGUCACUAGUCAGUUGACAAACAUUGGCAUGCCAAUCAGAAACGAAGCCUUAGUUCAACUGAAAUACAAUGAAUUUUAUCAUCUUAAAGAUCCAAGGGCAAUCGAUUUUUCAAAUAACAUGAGUGUUGGUGGAGUUGGAUUCAAAUUUAAUUAGUAAAUCAGAAUAAUAACACAAUCAUAAUCACAACGAAUGUGAUACAGAAUGCUAUCUGAUGAGAGAAUAGUAGGUGGAUGGUGUUGAAUGAGGAGUAAAAUAUAAUGACGUGCAGGUAUACAUAGGAAUAUCACAUGAGUUGCUUAUGACAGAAUUCGCAGUGCAACUAAUAAAUCAUUUUGUAGGCUUUCCUUAUAUUCGAUAUUUGAUAUAUAACAAGAGAACAGUAGGGCGGAAUAAGCCCGUCCCAUAAAAAUAUAUAUAUAAGAUAUCAAAAUUAAUUAGAUAUAAAAAAAACAACAUAAAUUGUCUAAUCAAAAUGUCCAACAUUUAAUGAAAAAAGAAGCAAAACACAAACAAAAACCGAAACAACACACAUUUACUUAUCAUAAUUAUAAAGCCUACUAACUGUUGAAGAGAUCGACUUAAAUGUAGAAGCAGAAAUCAAAGUGCAAUAACUUUUUUUAAAUAAAGCAGAAUCAAAAUGUCAUUAAAAGAAACAAUUACAUAUCAUGUAUAUAAAGCCUACAAAGGCUGAAAGAGAUUGGAUGUAAAAUGUAGGAGGAAAUAUCUAGACAAAAAUCCAUUACUGGAAUAAACAAAGUUCAAUAACUUCUACAAACAUUGUAAAAUCUUAACUCAUUUCAGGGAAUCACAAUAAGAUACCAUGAUGGUAAACUCUACCAAAUUACAUAGAAACUUGGCGGAAAAUGUAGGACACCUCUGGACAAAUGACAAAUGUCGAACUGAUGGAAGGACAACGCCAUACCAUAAUACUCUGGUCAAAUACUGGUAUACUUGUAACUAAGAAUAAGUGUAUAUUCGGCUUAUGCUAGCGGAUAAAGACAAUAUUUAUUUCAAAUCUAUACCCAUUUUCUCAAUCAAAUGUAAGUUUAGUCAUAUUAUCAGUUAAUAAUUGUGACUUCGAUAAUGCGACACGGUUCUAUCUCACAAGAAGGCACAUUGUUGCUCCAAGUUUACUUCAAAAUAGUUGUGCUUGUAAGGUUCUAUCUCAUAAAUGACCUUGGUUGACAGGUUUAAUAAUGACAUCUGUCCUAAAUUCUUAUUCUAAAAGUAACCUAAAUUGUUCUUGGCUAUAUACUGUAAACUUUUUUCAGUCACUCUCUUACCUAUUCUUCUCUUUUCCCCCGAUGUAUUUAUUCUUCUUCUUUCUUUACCACCUUGAUGUAUGUAACUCUACUGUCCUACAACCAAUUUACAAUAAGGAGUCUGAUUGAUUUAAGUUCCUAUGAAAUUGAUUUCGAAUCAUCAUUGUUCAUUAUGUAUCAAUUUUUGACAUUGAUGGGCAUUGAAUAAAAUACAGUUUAAACCAACAC